GAACCGGCGAUAACCAACAUCGACUUCCUUAUAAGGAGAAGUAAAGAAUCUGUCAACCGGCGAUUAGACAGGUCGGUCGUUGUAAACUUACAUUUAUUACCUUGUUUUUGGUGUAUUUGAUGUUUACAGAUUAGCGACUGGAUCUCGAGCUUUGUUUACGUGAGUGCGUCAGCGCGUGAGCGGCAGUCACGCUGGACGUCAGCUGGAUUAUGAACGGUGAAAGAUCCAGAUUGGACUCCCCUGUGUACGGGUGAUGGCAGCACGUCUACAGUCAUAUGAUAGCAACUCUAGUGACACCGAAAACUGGGAACGAAAAACAACAAGCCGACCUCGCAAACUCUGCAAGCAUUCGAGCAGCAGUCAGGCCCGUGCAUCUCGAGUGGAGUCAGACCAAGGGAAGAUGAGCCUGCAUAGUGCCAGCGGGGGCUGCGACCGCUCACGUGACCGCCGCCGCUCCAGCGAUCGCUCCCGGGACUCUUCACAUGAGAGGGAAGGCCAGCUUACGCCCUGCAUUCGCAACGUGACCUCACCCACCCGACAACACAACAGUGAGCGUGAACGGGAUGGUGGCCCAUCGUCCCGGCCCAGCAGCCCUCGGCCUCAGAGAGUCUCUCCCAGCGGCUCCAGCAGCAGCGGGGUAGUCAGCAGUCGUAACAGCAGCCUGUCCAGCACUGAUGGCACCUUCAAAAGCUUGGGAGUCGGAGAAAUGGUUUUUGUCUAUGAGAAUCCCAAGGAGGGAGGAGGGAGUGCCAGUGUGGGAACCCGAAGCAUCAGGACCUCAGAAAGGGUCACUCUGAUUGUGGACAACACGCGCUUUGUGGUAGACCCUUCAAUCUUCACUGCACAACCCAAUACCAUGUUGGGCAGAAUGUUUGGAUCGGGAAGGGAGCACAACUUCACACGGCCCAAUGAGAAGGGGGAGUACGAAGUGGCUGAGGGCAUCAGCUCUACAGUUUUCCGAGCCAUCCUGGAUUACUACAAAUCUGGGAUAAUCCGUUGCCCUGAUGGAAUCUCAAUCCCAGAGCUCCGGGAGGCGUGUGACUAUCUGUGCAUCUCUUUUGACUACAGCACCAUCAAGUGCAGAGACCUGAGUGCCCUGAUGCAUGAGUUGUCAAAUGAUGGAGCACGGCGACAAUUUGAGUUUUACCUGGAGGAGAUGGUUCUUCCUCUGAUGGUGGCCAGCGCCCAGAGCGGAGAGAGGGAGUGUCACAUUGUAGUACUUACUGAUGAUGACGUGGUGGACUGGGACGAAGAAUAUCCACCACAAAUGGGGGAGGAGUAUUCACAAAUCAUAUACAGCACAAAACUCUACAGAUUUUUCAAGUAUAUUGAGAACCGAGAUGUUGCCAAAUCUGUUUUGAAGGAGAGAGGAUUGAAGAAAAUAAGACUGGGCAUUGAAGGCUACCCCACAUAUAAAGAGAAAGUCAAGAAACGUCCAGGAGGGCGUCCAGAAGUUAUUUACAACUAUGUCCAGAGGCCCUUCAUCCGCAUGUCCUGGGAAAAGGAAGAGGGCAAGAGUCGCCAUGUGGACUUCCAGUGCGUCAAGUCCAAGUCCAUUACUAACCUGGCAGCAGCCGCAGCGGACAUCCCCCAGGACCAGCUGGUGGUGAUGCACCCUGGCCCCCAAGUGGACGAACUUGACAUCCUGCCUAACCACCCACCCAGUGGGAAUCACUACAGCAACAACUAUAACAACGAGCCUGACCCUGACGCACCCUCGCCUGCUCUCUGAGGACAGACUAGUCCUCUUUCAAUGCCUCUGCCCCUCCUCUUUCUCCUCUAGUCCCUACUCCCAGCAUGCUGCAGCAUGGAGCGCCAGGGGCACCAUAACCAUAUUGCCUUGACACCUCCUUUGCAGCCUUAGAGCCUCAAGAACCUGGUUGACUGUAGAAGAGAAAAAAUAAGAAUACAAGAGGGAUAUAAGACUUGUGAAAGGCAGAGUUCUCUCUUAUUUUCAUUUUGUUUUUUACUUGACCAAAGGAAUUUAUUUUUCUGUUUGAAAUAAAUUCAGUAAAAUACUUAUUAACAUUAUUAUUGUUAUUUACAACUUACAAUGGUUAUCAUUACCUUAUUUUGAUCAGUCUGGCUGUGCACUCUUUUGUGGGUUUACUGUCUUUGCUCUCUGAUUUUAUUUCACUCGUUGAGAAUUACAAAUUGAUGGCCUAACUAGUGAAUGUGCUUUGGGGAACAGCACAAGACUGGCAGUGGAGAAAAUAUGACUAUUCUGGCCAUUGAGGAAAUCUAUUGCUAUCACCACUCAGUGUCAUGAUCUCCAGUUGAACUCCCCUCAGAUGUCGUUUGAAUCUAGUAAUGGGGAAGGUAGUCAUUGGCUGGAUCUGAUAUGUGAUGUUAUGCUCCUCUUACAGCCAACAUACUCAGCAGAACACAGGCUGUUGUGGUCAGAAUCUUUUUGUGCAAUGCUUGAAAUCAUUGUUUAAAAAGAAAAGUUGAAAUCAUAAAAUAAAGACAUUAAAACCAUG